AUGACUGCCACUCAGUUCGACAUUACGCCCGAAGAAAGAGCUUCGCCUUCUGCUUUUAUCAAACGACAGCUGUUUGGUGGAGCCCCAGUUACUCUUAGAGCGAACGUGAACCUCCAAGGGCAAACCGCCGUCGUCACAGGCUCAAAUACCGGAAUCGGCCUGGAGUGCGCCCGCCAAUUUCUUGAUCUUGGGUUAUCGAGGCUUAUCAUUGCGGUGCGAAAUGUUCCGAGUGGGGAGAUAGCUCGGAAACUCCUUCUCGAGGGAAGAUCUCCUAGAGAGCAUCAAAUCGAUGUGUGGAAAGUUGAUCUUUCUCGCUAUGAUUCGAUUCAGUCGUUUGUCAAACAGUGCGAAACUCUAGACCGCCUGGACAUUUUUGUUCAUAAUGCCGGAGUUUCCAAGGGGAAGUUUGAGCUGAACCCCAUCACAGGCCACGAGGAGUCAGUGCAGAUUAAUCAUUUAUCUUCCGCCCUGCUCUCCAUACUCAUGCUCCCUGUCAUCAAAGAGCGCAAUCCGUCAGAUCGGCCAGGAAAACUGGUCAUUGUUAGCUCCGAAACAGCUUCCUGGUCUAAGUUCAAAGAAAGAGAGAUGACACCGUUGCUACCCACGUUUGAUAAGCCGGAGACGUUCAACCAGGGCGAAUAUGGAACCCGCUACUGGACCUCCAAGUUACUGGGGCAGUUCUUCAUCACGGUGUUGGUUAAACACGUCCCCCCAUCUACAGUCGUUAUCAACAUGUGCAACCCAGGCAUGUGUUACGGAUCAUCACUUAUGCGGGACUUUGCGGGCACGUUCUCUGGCUUUAUGAUCGGUAUCUUUUUUCGUGUGUUUGGCUAUUCCCCUAGCAAGGGGGCACGCUCCCUUACAGACGCAGCUUGCAAUCAUGGGCCGGAGUCACAUGGAAUAUAUAUUGAAGAUGGAAAGUUACAGCCGAUGGCGCCAUUGGUCUACUCAUCUCAGGAGACUCAAACUAUGGAGAAGGUUUGGACAGAAACAUUAGAGGAACUCAGGUUUGCUGGCGUUCACGAAAUCAUCAAAAGAUUAGGCAACAGCGACGCUAAUUAG